AUGGCUGAGCAUCUUCUACAUUACAACGAUUCUGCGGGGGUUGGAAAUAGAUUCGCCCGAAAAGGAGCUUUGAGACAGAAGAAUGUGCACGAAGUGAAGAACCACAAGUUUACUGCAAGGUUCUUCAAGCAACCGACGUUCUGUAGUCACUGUACAGAUUUCAUAUGGGGAUUUGGGAAACAAGGAUUUCAAUGCCAAGUUUGUUGUUUCGUGGUCCACAAACGGUGCCAUGAGUUUGUCGGCUUCUCCUGUCCUGGUGCCGAUAAGGGUCCUGACACAGAUGACCCCAGAAGCAAGCACAAGUUCAAGAUCCACACAUACGGCAGCCCCACGUUCUGUGACCACUGUGGAUCGCUGCUGUAUGGGCUUAUUCACCAGGGGAUGAAAUGUGACACCUGUGACAUGAACGUGCACAAGCAGUGUGUAGUCAAUGUGCCCAGCCUGUGUGGGACGGAUCACACUGAGCGUCGCGGCCGCCUUUUCCUCAAGAUCGACGUCAGCGGGGAUAGGCUACAUGUCACAGUGGGUGAAGCCAGGAAUCUGAUUCCCAUGGAUCCAAAUGGUUUAUCAGACCCCUAUGUCAAACUCAAGCUCAUUCCAGACCCAAAGAACGAGACCAAACAGAAGACCAGGACCAUCCGUUCCUCGCUCAAUCCCUGCUGGAACGAGUCCUUCACCUUUAAGCUGAAAGCAUCAGAUAAAGAUCGACGUCUGUCAAUUGAAGUAUGGGACUGGGACAGAACCACCAGGAACGACUUCAUGGGCUCUAUGUCAUUUGGGGUUUCUGAGCUCAUCAAGGCUUCUCAUUGUGGAUGGUACAAGCUCCUAAACCAGGAGGAAGGAGAAUAUUACAAUGUUCCCAUUCCUGAGGUAGACGACGUCAAUCUGGAGCUUCGACAAAAGUUUGAGGCCUGCCAGUUAAAUAUCCACUAUCUCAAGAAAGCCAAGCUAGGCCAUGGUAAAAAGGUGAUCACACCAACAGACCACCGGCGGUUCAGUCUGCCCUCAGGUAACAUGGACAGGGUCCGGCUUAGUGACUUUAACUUUCUGGCCCUGCUGGGAAAAGGCAGCUUUGGAAAGGUAAUGUUGGCAGAGAUGAAGUCCACAGAGGAGCUCUAUGCCAUAAAGAUCCUGAAGAAAGAUGUGGUGAUCCAGGACGACGACGUGGAAUGUACAAUGGUGGAGAAGAGGGUCCUGGCACUGAGAGACAAGCCGCCCUUUCUCACACAGCUCCACUCCUGCUUUCAAACUGUGGACCGACUUUACUUUGUGAUGGAGUACAUUAACGGAGGAGAUCUUAUGUAUCAUAUCCAGCGUAUGGGCAAGUUUAAGGAGCCACAGGCAGUGUUUUAUGCAGCUGAAAUAGCAGAUGGUCUGUUUUUCUUGCAUCGGAAGGGAAUAAUCUACAGGGAUUUGAAGCUGGAUAAUGUGAUGCUGGAUUGUGAGGGCCACAUUAAAAUAGCAGACUUUGGCAUGUGCAAAGAGAACUUGUAUGAAGGAAUGUCCACACGUACCUUCUGCGGCACCCCUGACUACAUCGCACCUGAGAUAAUAGCUUACCAGCCUUAUGGAAAAUCAGUGGACUGGUGGGCUUAUGGAGUUCUCCUCUAUGAGAUGUUGGCCGGGCAGCCUCCGUUUGAUGGUGAGGACGAGGACGAGCUCUUCCAAUCUAUCAUGGAGCACAAUGUGUCCUACCCAAAGUCCAUGUCUAAAGAGGCAGUGUCCAUCUGCAAAGGGCUGAUGACCAAGCAUCCAUCAAAGCGCCUCGGCUGCAGCUUGGAAGGUGAGCGGGACAUCAGAGAGCAAGCUUUCUUCAGACGCAUCGACUGGGAACGCCUGGCUAACAGAGAGAUCCAGCCGCCUUUCAAACCCAAAGUGUGUGGAAAGGGAGCUGAGAACUUUGACAAGUUCUUCACGCGUACGCAGCCCAUGCUGACCCCUCCCGACCAGCUGGUCAUUGCCAACAUCGACCAGAGCGAGUUUGCUGGCUUCUCCUUCAUUAACCCUCAGUUCAUCCAUCCAUCUCUGCACAGCGUGGUAUGAGGAGGAAAUACCCAACGCCCUACUGUCAACAGACUCAAAUGAUCCUCUAGUUUCUGCGUCAGAACAUAAUGCAAUUUAAGGGAAGGUGGAGAAUGGCAUGGCACUGAAAUUUCCGACUCAUCCUGUUGUGCGUUAUUCAGCCCAACUCUGUAUUCCCAAACUCCAAGCUGUAGUUUUCUGCCGUCCUACAGCCUUUAAUUAUGUGAAUGAAUGUGUCUCAGUAUCAGUUACUAUCUCUUUUGGUGUUAAAGGUACAAUACAGUUGUCCUUCGCAUCCCUGCAAUGCAUAAAAGACUGGAGCAUUUUUCUUGUUCUGCCUAAAAGUUAUCUACAUGUUUGUUACAUUUCUACACUCAGAAAGAGUUAGUACACUGUAACAAUAGUGCCAAAGUAGAGAUGGAGAUAUGUUUCUAUUGCAGUUCUUGUUCCUCAUUUUCCACCUUUGGCCUUUCCUUAUCCUGUCGGUUUACUAAAACCCCUCAACAAGAGGCUGUUUGUAUCUGUUUUUUUUUGUAUGACGUAUUACUAGAGUAUAUCUGUCUCGAUCUGGACAGACUGAAUCAAACUGUAUUAUCGUUGCAAGCCGUCCUGCUCCUUUUUAGCGCAACAGAUCCUAGCUGCAGUGGAUGAGUGUUAUUCAGAAAAAAAUCGAGUCGGCAAGAUGCUAUUUUUUCAUAUGCACAAAGCAGAUCUCUGUCGCAUGCUUAUUUUUUGACUCUGUGUGAGCCGUAGAGUCUAGGAUGCAGCUCACGUCUUGUAUGACUGUAAAACUUAGUGUUCCGAUAAAAGAAAUUCGUGUUCAUCAGAUUAAAGGUUUCCUACUGCGAAAACUUUUUGUUUCGGUUUUUGUGUUUGACUUUUGCUUUAGACUCCGAUAUUGUUUUUUGUUUUGUGUGUAAAUAUGUUUUAAGAAGAGAAGUUACUUUCUGAUUUUAUACAACAAACUGAAUGUGAUUUUACUACCUUAGACGGUUUGAACAUUUCUAUGUUUAGAUUAGUCUUGGAAAGAGCUCUAUUUAAAGUUUGGCUGAUUCUUUGGUAGCUUUGGUAUCAGCAAACCUUGUCUUAUAUGUAUGUAUAGCAAGUAUUUAUCCUUUGUUUUCUACUACUCAGUGUCAUAUAGAGAAUAUGCAGCACUACCUGUUGGUGGAGCGAUUAUCCAAUGCCCCUCUUGCCUUGGUCCUGACAGGGUCGACUCCCUCUGUAGAAAAAAAACGAAUUCCAAACUGAGUCCUAAGCACCCUGUGUUUGAAAUGUGUUGUCUGUAUAUAUAUCGUUUGCAUGCAUGAGGCGAGGCCUGAUCCCAGCAUGAAAAAAGGCCCCUGCAUGAUAAAGAGAUGGUGGAGUUGUGCAGGAUGAAAAAAACAGCCAACAAUGUGUAUUUUCUUUCUGAUUUUUUUCUCUCCUCUUUCUCUGUCUUGUGAUCUAACCUGUUUGGCUAAAUAGCUCAGAUAUAAUCAAUAAGAUAUGAGAAUCCCUUAAGCUAUUUGUAUUCUCUGGUGCCAAAUACACAUUUAUGUCUUUUUUGCUACAGCGAGAUGUUAAUUAUCUUUCAAUAGAAAAUCUUUCAAAAAGCUAAUUUAUAGAUUCUUACAAAAUACUGAAAUUAAACAAAGCCUCCUGAUUUUGUUACAGUGACUUUAUUCAUGCCCGUUGAACAUUUUUUGUCAAAUUUAAAUGUCUUCUUUAGUAUUUUAUGUGACAGUGGAACACAAACUGGUCCAUAUUUGUAGAGCAGAGGGGAACUGAUGUAGUGACACAUCUUUUUGGGGUAUGUCAACACAGAAAAAAUGGUUAGGUAAUUUGUCAAGAGUUUAUAAGCAUUAUCUGUCAAAACUGCUGUUUUGGAUCAACUUUGAGUUGAAAAAGUGAUACUCUGUGUAUGAGUGGGAGCAAAUUUCCAGGCCAAACAUUAUAUAACUUAAAGCAUGAGUGAAAGUUUUAUCUUAUGUGCGACUUCUAAUUAAUCUAACUCUUAAUUGAGGACAUUUUAAUCUUAAAAACAGCAAAGGAUAAAUUUUUACUCUUAGAGAGGGACCAAAUGUUAUACAUAUUUUUUGUUCUUGUAGUAAAUAUUCCCUGUAACAGCUUUACCCACUCAGUCAGACUAGAUAAAACACAUUUGUGAACAUUAGCCCUCAUUAGUCUGUCAUACCAAGGACUUUGCAUUGAAUUUGUAGGAGGUAAAUUAGUAUAGAGGACAUCAGCAUUUUUUAAAGUAAACAUAUUUCUGAAGGUGCUAUUGAAAAAAAAUGGUUCAGUACUAAUUUUACCCAUCUUAACUCAUGACUUUGGCUAGACCAUACUAACACAUGUGUAUGUUCCUAUUCAAACUCAACUAUUGUAGAUCUGGGGAUAUGUAAAUUAGAAAUUCUCCUAUUGGUCAACUUUGCAGCGAUCUUAAAGGUAUAGUGGAGGAUGUUCUUUUUCCGGGUGGAUCAUCAAAAUAAGUGGUCCUCCUAAUUGUCAAUCAUUCUGGUGAUAUGUUUAUGUAAGGCCAUCAUACAUGCUCAUCCCCAUUUUCACUAGCCAGUGUUGAAUCUGACAAGUGGAAAAAUUACAAAUCUUUCUUUGGAAAGUAAGCUUGUAUGAGCAAUGCAAACAGCAACCUUUAAACAGAGUGUGCACGAGAAGAAAUGGGCUUGUGCACGCUCUCACACACAUUUAAUAGGGGUUCCCUCUCUGGAGAGGAUACAGGGUUGUGCAUGUGCUUUUUUUUAAACGGAGAGGGUGGGUAUUUUUAAAAAAAUUGCGAAAACCCUCCACUAUACCAUUAAUCUCAAGAUUAUGACUCUUAUAAAUGUUUGAUUGUGAGUGUGCACAAGGAGAAAUGGGCUUGUGCACCCUCUCUAAUAGACGUUCCCUCUCAGGAGUGGAGUGGAGAGGGUGGGUCUUUUCAAAAAUUAAUGAAAAUCCUCCUCUAUACCUUUAAGUGUUUUGCAGGUGCUAACAGCUUCAUUUCUAGUUUCUUUUUGUUUUAACUUUAUUUAUCUUCACAUUAACUUUGACGAACUUUCCAGUCUCUGCCAAAGAAACCCAUCCUCUCAUUAUGAUGCCGUCACCCCAGUAUUUAACUGUUUACUUUUAUCAGUGUUUGUCUUAUCUAAAUAUUGAUCCUUCAUGUCUGCUGACUGCCAUGUUGAGGUAAAUUUUUAAUCAGACUUCCAAAGGCUUUCUUUCAACAGUUUACUUCUUGUCACUCCUUUAUUGACUCCUUAUUAAAUCUACAGGUCCUCCAGUCCAAUGGAUGGUUGAUUAAAUAGUGUUGUCUAACCUCUAUAUAAACUUCUCCUUAACUGGGAUCCUCCGAGAGCUACUGUACUUUAUUUACACUAAGCUUAAGUCACACACUUUCUUAACUAAUUGGAUGAAUAUUUAAGGCAGUUAGUAACAAUGGAUUUUAUUAAGGGGUAUCAGAAUAAAAAGCAUUUGGAACUUUUUAGUUUUAUUUAGUGAAAAGAUUAAACAUGUUUGUAUUUUUACUUUUUUAAUUCACCAAUAUACACUUUGAAAUGUUGGUAUAUGUCAGUAGUAUUGAGCUACAGUCCCUGACUGUCUUAUUGCUUUCAGAUGUGCCCUGGCUCUAACACAUCUGAAGCAAAUAAAUGGGUCAAUAAUUGUUUUUGCUAGGUUGGAGCAAGGACCUAACUAACAGUUGUGGGAUUGCAUCCCUUUGUGGACUGGAAUCGAAAAAUCCUGACCUAUAGUAUGAAAACUAAUCCUAAUAAAUUGGAGUUUGAGGUUCAACGGGUAUGAAUACUGUUUCAAUGCACUGUUUAUACCUGGACCAAAAAUAUAUCUGUUAAACAAAUCUGAAUGUUUACAUCUCAUAUUGAGAAAGUAUGUUGGAUGGAAGAUUUAAAAAAUGUAAUUUUUGAAUAAUUUUUAUGAAGCUAAAGACACAGUUAUAGUUCCAGAGCAGUUUAUACGUUUUCCUCAAUGUUCUUGCUUUGUAAACUGAAUCUUCCUGUUCCUCUGUUUUUUGUGGUAUGGCGGAUACUGUGUACAAAUAAAGUAUGAAUUAUAUAUAAA